GCUGCUUGUCCGCCUCUUGUCUUCACCAUUCUUUAGUUCUUCGCCCCUCCCCCACCGCAAAUUUCCAAUUUAUUUUUCCACACUUCGCACUAUGCUGCGCGCAUUUACUUAACGUACACAUAUCCUCACUCUACCUCACAUACAUAGUCCCGAUACCUCACCAUGGCCUCUGCUUCAGGUUUUCCAUCCGUUGGCAGGGUUCAACUAUCCGACGCUGGUAUGACAUCAACCCACCGGACCGAAAGCACGACGACGACGAACGAGUCAACAAAUACGAGUAGCAACACCAGUACGACUACCGGCAACAGCGAAGCCGUCGACGAAACGGUGCUCCUCACCUGCCAAUCUUCCCCCAACACCGAGACCGUCACGACCGAACCACCGACAGCGGACAAGUCCACCCUGGUCGACCGAUCAUCAUCAUCACCACCCACCACGCCCGACGACGAACCGCGCAAAUGCUGGAUUUGCUACGCAGACGAGACCGAAGACACGCCGCUCAACUCGGAGUGGCGCUCGCCGUGCCCGUGCGCCCUGACCGCGCACGAAGCCUGCCUCCUCGACUGGCUGGCGGACAUGGAGAACCCGCGGUCGCGCAAACGCAAUGGCCUCAGCGCGAAGAUGGUCUGCCCGCAGUGCAAGACGGAAAUCGUCGUGGCGCGGCCGCGCAGCUACAUCGUGGAUCUCGUGCGGCUGUGCGAGCGGGUGGCCGGCCGGCUCGUGCUCCCGGGCAUGGUGUUCACCCUGGCCGGCACCGUGUGGGCGGGCUGCUGCGUGCACGGCGUCUACUCGAUGUACUUUGUGUUCGGCACCGAGGAGGCCCGGCAUCUGCUGGAGGAAUCGAUCGAUGGCUCGUGGAACUCCGGCCUGAAUUUGGGUCUGCCCCUGAUCCCCAUGUGUCUGGUCCUGACCCGCACGCGGUACUCGGAGGGCUUGCUCGCCGCGAUCCCCUUCCUGUUGCUGGUCACGAAUCAGCCGGUCAUCGAGCCGGCCGCUACGGACAUCUGGCCGCCCACGCCGGCGGCGACCUUCGCAGCGCUGCCGUAUGUCAAGCGGCUGUAUUCGCUGCUGUAUAACCGGAUGUUCGGGAAGCUGGAGAAGAAGUGGAUCAUGGAGGUGCAGCCGCGGCAGGCGGAUGUCGACGAGCUCGAUGACAAUGCGCCGCCGAACCAUCCGGAGCCGAUUCCCGACGAAGCGGAACCGGUCGAUGAUGAUGAUGAUAACGGGCGGGUGCUGAUGGAGAUCGACUUCGAGUUGCAGGUGGGUAUGAGAGGGGACGAGGACGGGGCCCAGGGACUGUUUGAGUUCAACGGUGGACAAGGUGGUGAUGGACAGCAGCAACAGGGUGCGCAGAACAACGCUGGCGGCGCAGGAGGACAAGGGCUGGGCCUUGGCCGGCGGAAUGAUUUAGUGCAUGAGACGACGAACCUGGCCGAUCUGGUUCUCGGGGCUCUGGCUUUCCCGGCUAUCUCCGCGUCGAUGGGAGGGUUGCUCAGACAUAUGCUGCCGAGCUCGUGGACAACGCCUUCCACGGCCGGUCGACCGGGCCUGUUGCAGACGCGCUGGGGCCGCAGCGUCGUUGGAGGCUGUGUGUUUGUGCUCCUGAAGGAUGCCUUGGUGCUCUACUGCCGGUGGAAGUUGGCGCAGACCCAUCGUCGUCGGAAGGUGCUCAACUACGACCGAUCCAAGAAGCAUCUCCGGGCGAGCAGCAGGGCAAACAACAGCACUUAGCACUGAGCACUUAGCACGCACGCACACACGCACAACUGUCUUGGGAUUUGCACUUUAUGAGGCGUUUUUGUUCUGGGGAAUGGGAUGAUUAUUUAUGAUACACUUUUUCGUUUCGUUUGCGACUCCGACUCUCCGACUCUGCGACUACGUUCUUUGGACAAAAAGGCGGGCACAUAUUUUUCCAAUGAUGCACUUAGCAACCAGCAAUUUAGCACUUAAAUGCGAUUGACAUUCUGUCAC